AGUAAGCAGUGGUUGCUAUUAACGUAUAUAAAGUUAAAGUUAAAGUUUGUUUUGUUUAACGACACCACUAGUUUAUAUCAGAAAAUUUAAGAAUAUAAGAAUUCAGUUCAACAGCAUCAAACAAAAUGCAGAUUUUGAUACUAUUCGCAGUUAUCCAGAUGGCGCUGACUGCCAAAAUUCUGAUGACGUUUUCACCGAUGACAAGUCACUGUCUGGAAAUGGUUGCCAUUGGCAACGAACUGGUCAAGAGAGGCCACAGCGUGUCAGCGUACAUUCCAAAUUUCUUCGACACAAGACAUUGUUUUCAGAAUUCGGAGAUACAACUUGUAAGCUAUGAUGUCAGUGAGGACAACAAAGGUGUUUAUCAAUCAGUAAUGAGACUCAUGGAGAGGAAUGCAAUCACGAGGGAGAAACAUAUCGCUAUGCUGCUUCUGGACGCAUUUGAGGCCAUCCACCGUCUCUGUGAUAGCCAGCUGUUGAACCGAAGUCAACUAGACCAGCUAAAACAGACCGGGUAUGACAUUGUAAUGACGGAGGGCCUGCUAUUCGGUCAGUGCUAUUACCUUCUUGCGUUCUACCUGGACGUUCCCACUGUGUCUAUUGGAAGUAGUUUUCUUGGUUUUGACAGUGGAGAGGUGUUCCAGCCAUACACCUACCCACAUCUAAUUGGCCCUUACACCAAUGAAAUGACGGCUUUACAGAGAAAACUGAACAGCUUGCACCACAUUAUUCUAACCUACUUCAUAUAUAUAUUUAAACGUCCGUUUGAUGUUUCUAAAUAUGGCGAACCUUUCAUGGACGUUGUCCCGGAGACGUUGAUCCGAGAAUCGAUGCUGUAUCUCGAGAAUUCUGACUACAUUGCUGAUUAUCCUAAAGCUACCUUCCCCAACUUUGUACAGGUAGGGGGGUUGACAGCUCGUCCACCAGCACCUCUACCUAGUGAACUGAAGACCUAUCUCGACAACUCGAAGACUGGCGUGAUUCUGGUGUCUUUUGGAAGUCUGCUGAAACUUGAAUCUGCGGAGCCCAUCAAACGAUUAGUCUUUGCUCUGAAUCAACUUCCAUAUGACGUCAUUUUAAAAUCAAAAAGAAACUCGCAAGAGAGCAAUGUAAAGAUUCUAGACUGGUUGCCACAAAACGACGUACUAGCACAUCCAAACAUUCGUCUGUUUGUGUCUCACUGUGGUAAAAAUGGAUUUUUCGAAUCCUUAUACCAUUCGGUUCCCAUCAUAUGCACACCUUUGAACGGCGACGCCUUUCAAACGGCCAUUAAAGUCAAACACCACAGAAUUGGGACAACUAUGGAUAUUCUAACUGCAACAUCAGAGGAAAUGGUUCAAACCUUAAAAUCCGUGUUGAACGACUCGUCCAUUUCUUCCAAUAUGCGGCGGAUGUCUCAUCUUUUCAGGGACAGACCUGAAACAGGGGCGGAGAGAGGGGCGAGCGCCAUAGAGCACGUGGUCAAAUAUGGGGACAAACAUCUCAAGCCGCCCACCAACAGACUAAACUAUUUUCAGUAUACACUGGGUGAACUCUGGUUUGUGAUUUUCUCUUUCGCCUUGCUGGUAAUCUAUGGAGUGGUGGCGCUGUUUAGAUGCAUCUGCUGUAGAAAGUCUUCUGUGUCUGUGUCAGUUACUAAAAAAUCCAACUGAAUCUAAACGACGUUUUCAACAUCGUAUAUAUGCACAAGAUUAAGUAAAAAAAAAAAACGGUUUGCAAAUAUUUCGACUAGUCCUAAAAUUGUACCUUAGCACAUGGUAGAGCCAAAAGGUCGUUUAGCAAAUAUCAUGAUUGCUCUCUUGAACUGUGCUGACUGGAAUCGGUAACGCAAUCAGUUAGAUAUAAACAGGUUAGCGCCAGUGUGAUGGCAUCACAGGGAUGUUAUGGACAGAGAGCUGCCUAGCUGCUUUAGAUUCUACCUGGAUGAUACAGCGUAUUUGUGAAAAUAUCAUUUCAUUCAAUAUGCUUGACAUUUAGAUUUAAAAGCAAGAACGAAAUAAAGUAAUACUAAUAACAAUAAACCUUUUCAACUAAAUGGGGUGUAUUUGAGUCUGGAGACGAGAACAAAAUGUGCGAUUCCUGAGUCUGUGGUGAUGAAACUUUUAAAGUCUAGACUAAAUAUACAAUGACGCAAAUGAUGUUACACGUGUACAGUUUGAAUGGGGUUGGCAUACCGUUAAAGUAUCAGACUCAAGUGUUAAAAUACGACAUUUCAUGCCUUCAGAACAUAGUAACAAGGAAAAGUGUAUGGUGUGCCAUGAUAUCUGCAGCCAUCUAUUCCACAGCCCUUACUAUAGGUGUCCUUAUUAACGCUGCUAACUCCCUCGAUACUGAAGGUGCGCUUUUUAAAUGUUGCAGCUGAUCAGUAAUGUAAUGGAAAAUGAAGCUAAACUAAUUAAUAAUAUUUAAUUUAA